AUGGAUCAUGCAAACCCUCAGCCUCGCCGCCGGGACCCUCGCGCCCAAUCUCCCGCCGAGUCUUCCUCCGAUGAACUCGCCGCCGGCUCCGACCACGACGAAGCCGAACGCCGCCGAGCCAGCUGGACUAUGCAAAAGGGCUUCACCCCGCAGCGCCCAAAAAAGUCCGGCCGCCUCUACAGCGAAUCCGAGAGCCCCGAUGAGCUAGCUGUGGAUGCCGACGAGUACUGGCGUUCCUCGCGCAUGCACAACCGCCACCGGAGCCCUUCUCCAAUCACCAACCCUGACAUCCGUGAUGACCAUUCCCAGGGCGGAUCGGAUGAUCUUCCAGAGGACGAUGUGACUGGCUCCGACGAGAACCAGGACCGCGACGCCGACAAAUGGUCUGACCGUUCGGCCACGCCUGUCGCUGAUUCAGCGCCCCCCAAGCCCGAUCAUCUGAACUACAAGGAGAAGUUCGUUAUGCGCGGCCACCUGCGCGGAGUGUCGGCUGUUCAAUUCUCGCCCGACUGUACUAUGAUCGCUAGUGCUGGCGCCGACGCGGCUGUCAGGGUCUGGGAUACUGCGAGUGGUAGACUCAUUCAUGUGUUUGAGGGACAUCUAGCUGGUAUCUCCACCCUUGCCUGGGCUCCUGACGGCGACUGGAUUGCAACCGGUUCCGAUGACAAAACAAUUCGCUUCUGGAACGUGAAUACUCUUAAGGCCCACACCAAGGUCUUUGAUGGCCACCACAACUACGUGUAUCAAAUUGCAUUCGCACCGAAGGGUAACAUCCUUGUCAGCGGUUCCUACGACGAGGCCGUAUUUAUGUGGGAUGUUCGCCGGGCACAAGUCAUGCGCUCCCUCCCAGCCCACUCCGACCCUGUUGCCGGCAUCGAUGUUGUGCAUGAUGGAACCCUCAUUGUGUCAUGCGCUCUUGACGGACUUAUUCGUAUCUGGGACACCCACAGCGGCCAGUGUCUCCGCACCCUGGUCAUGGAAGAUAACCCUCCUGCAACAUGCGUCAAGUUCUCUCCCAACGGCAAAUAUGUCUUGGCCUGGACCCUAGACGGCUGCAUUCGGAUGUGGAGUUAUGUUGAGAGCCGUGUCUACAAGACAUUCCAAGGCCAUGUCAAUGAUAAAUACAGCUUGUCGGGAUGCUUCGGUUACUAUGGGUUCCGAGAUGUGCUCUACAACCCGCCCCUUUGCUUCGCCGUCAGCGGCAGUGAGGAUGGUUCCAUUCUCUUCUGGGAUCUUGUGAGCAAGCAAAUCUUGCAGCGCCUCACUGGUCACUCGGAUGCUGUGCUUUGUGUUCACACGGGUACACUGAACGGCAAGCGUUUGGUUGUGAGCUGCGGAGUCGAUAAGACUGUUCGUUUGUGGGAAGAGGUGGAUGGAAAUGAUACCGGACCAAACGAUGAUGAUGUGUUCAGCGAUGGUGUUACCCCUACCCCUGAGUCUCACUCGCAAAAGAGCACCCCUGCACAUGAUGCAGACGGUGACGAUGCUAUGACCGAUGUGUCCGCUGUGCCUUCCGCUGCCGCUACCCCGGCGGAAGAUGUGAUGAUGACAUGA